UUUUUUUAAAACCAGCUCAACGCUUCAGCCUUCUAAUUAACAUGUAUUAGAAAUUCGCUUAAUUUAGAAACAGUUCAAAAUUAAUUUUCGCCUAAUUCUAACACAGAUAAGCGAAAGACGAUACGAUAUGAGACUUAUGGUAAUAGCCGUACGACCACAAUAUGAACUGACUAGAGCGCCACUAGCAAUCUUUGCCCCGUUUUACUGUUAAAAUUUCGCUAUAUUCUUAAGAAGGCUGGUCGUAACAUGCACAUACAUACAGUCGUUUAGUACCACUUUCAGAGAGAACUUAUAGUAUCUUCAAUUGAUUGAUUAAUGCUGCUGGGUCUCAAGUUGAUGAUUAACACGAACGUAAUUUAGCUCAACAUUUUAUUACACAUGACACAAGUCAUAUGUAGACCUGCUAAAGAAUUAGAUUGCACUGUUUCCAUUAACGCUACUAACGGGAACUAUUUAAGACCUGAUCGUCCAAAUAAUAUAAAAACGAUUCGUUUGUUGAUAUUAGAACCGUAUAGUGAUCGUGAUUCUAGUUUACGCCUUAUGCGUACGCAUAGCAAUUUUAAUAAUAGCCUCGUAUUGAACUGAACUCAGUCUAAUUUUAAAGCGUGCGUUUUGGUGCUUGUGGACAAUGGCAGUAAUGGUUACCUUAGCUGAAGUGUUGAUGCGUGCGUUACAAGAGAACUUCUGUUCAAUGGUAGUUAUCAAAUGAGGAAAAAAUAAUAGUGUGCAAAUGAUCACUGUGUUAGUGAAACUAACCGAACCCGAGAAAGAAAUGAACAGUUCAAAUACAACCGUCACCAAGCGCGGUUAUUUAGUCUUGUUGUCUAUCUAGCAACCUGCCCGAUUACGAAUGGCGAACGUACAUCGUAUACGGUUUCAUCCGGUCUACCACAAUACUUCUUAGAUUUGCUGUCAAUAGCAGGGUCUUGAAGAAAGCAUCCUGGUCUAAGGGAUCGAGCCUAUUGAAGGCUGUAACGAAGUUGUUUUACCUAAUUUCAGGACCAGCGAUAUAUUUUUUCAUUUUUAUUUUCUUUUUUAGCUUGAACUUGUUUGCAUAGUACACAUACCGCUCUUCAACGGAAGCUUUUGAUCAACUUGAAAAUCGCCAAAAGUGGCCGUCAUUGUCACGUAAAUACUUUGACGCUGUCGUAUCCAUCCUCUAGAGACCUCUCCACAGAUGCAUCUUCUAUCUUUGUAUGUAGUUAGUUUAAACUUCUCGUACAAAGUCAACGGUAUGACGUAAGCAUACAACAACUACGCUUUGAUCACCGUUAGCGUACAGAUACAUAUCACGAACGCGCAACGUGCAUAAGCUACUACUACUACUUAAAGAAGUUUUAAAUUGUGCUAUGAUCUGGCUGCGCACAAUUUACGUUAUGUUAAUGUGUGAUGUCGCCAUCUUGCUGCUAAUUCUUUUUUGUUUUUGCCUAUCAAUAUUCUACACGUUUCUGUUUCACUUCGUGCGAAAGAUAUCCUCUGGCAAGAUGCGGCAGAAAUUCGAGCUUCCAGAAAUCGAAGACAAUUUAGAAGGCUGGGGACCGCUGUCACUGCCCCCGAUAUUCUCUAAUAUGCCGUACCAGGAUUUUUGCAAAACAGAUGAACUUGGAAAGGUCAGCAAAAGGAUUUUCUUCAAUACAAACGAGAGUUUGUGUAUUACUAUGAGAGAGGUGUUCCUUGAUAAUAUGACAUGUUACAUGGAUUUAGUAAAAGAACAGCACCGAAAGCUUUCGGUUAGAGUCAAUAUGUACAGGAUAUAACUUGCGUAGCUGACUGGACUGGAUUGAUGUACAGGGAUCGACGUUCGGCGAAAAGGUUCAACUCAGCAUACAGUGGGCCGCAGAACAUGCAAUAUGCGUACUAUCACGAAGAAGAUGACGCGUCGUUCCAGCUAGUUCACACAACCAAGACUCCGAAGCCCCUUCAUCAGCGAGGCAAACUCAAUAGGAUGAACCAGAAGUUGAACCAGGCUCGGCGUCAGCAACAAGCUCAACAGGCGCAGCAGUUAACUCGUUUGGGCAAAGGUCGGGAACGCGAUCGCCAUCAACAAAUUCGUAAAUGGCAAAAGCACUUGAAGCAAAGGUAUGAUCACCGUCAACACAACCAGAAUCCCCAUUUCAAAUAUCGGGAAGCCUCUGUCUCUGUUCGACCUUCCUGGAAGGUUCUGGAAGAGAUGGAAUUUUCUUGGCUCACGAAACUAAUGUUAUCUGGCAUCGGCGAAGGCCGUGACGUAUAUCGCUGCGGCACAAUGGAAUACUUUGAUAAAACCUUCCAAAGCGUUACCUGUAAAAAUGAACGCCCGCUGAGGCGGGUGAAUCGGAUAUUUCACACGGUCUGGACAACCGAUGACCCAGUUAUUCGGUCGCUGGCGAUGAAGAAAUUCAUCACCGGAAUGGUUGAAGGCGCCGACGUUAGUAAGGUGCGUGUCUAUACAACAGACGCCAUUAUGUCGACGCUGAUGUGCGCUACUCGUUCGAUCAAUUCAUGGGAUAUCGUUGUCCAUAAAAUAGACGAUAUUGUUUUCCUUGAUAAGCGUGGCACCGAGUUCUUCCACAUACCAGUCAAUGAAACUGCCGCAGAUCCACCUCAUGACGAAGCUAGCUCCAUUAACUCGCCCAGAAACCUCGCUUUAGAGGCGACAUACAUUAACCACAACUUCUCGCAGCAGGUAUUGAAGGCUGAUGGCAAAAAGGUAUCAUUUGAGAAUCCGAACCCGUUUGCUGCCGAAGAUGGCAGCGACACACACGAGUUAGCUUCUGUCGGGUACCGCUACCGCCAGUUCCAGAUUGGCGAAGACGUUGGACUCAUCGUUCGAUGCGAGCAUGAUGGAGUUCUAACAGGAUCCAACGGGGAAACUCAGUAUAUUAACGUUAAAGCUCUUAACGAGUGGGAUUCACAAUAUCCAGGAAAUAUUGACUGGCGCCAAAAAUUGGAUUCUCAACGUGGAGCCGUUCUUGCGCAUGAGCUUAAGAACAAUUCGUGUAAGCUAGCAAAAUGGACUCUCCAGUCAAUUCUUGCAGGUUCUCAUCAAAUCAGGUUUGGUUACGUUAGUCGAGUCAAUUCAAAGGACACGACAAAACACGUUAUUCUGGGAACGCAACAGUUCCGACCAAAAGAAUUUGCUGACCAGAUCAACCUAAACAUGGACAAUGCAUGGGGCAUUCUACGGUACAUUGUAGACACGUGUCUUAAACUUGAAAAUGGAAAAUACCUCUUUCUCAAGGAUCCGCAAAAAUCAGUGUUACGUUUGUACGACAUACCCGAUGACUCUUUUGAUAGCGACGAUAGCGAGUACAGUGAUCAGGAUGCUGUGCCGUCAGGCUACAAAUCCAGUGAAAACCUUAAGGAAGAAUCAUAAAAAAAUUGAUAAGCUAGUGAAAAAGCCACUCGCAGUUUGGAAAAACAUAGUCGUUCUUUCACAACAAUAUGCCUUAUGUUAUCGCCAGAUUCAAUGAUCACGAAAUAAACUUUCAAAACGUGUGUUCCGAAAAAUCAGGAUUGAGCAGAAACAUUUUUAUAGUAUAUAUAAUAAAUACACAAGCUCGUAUCUAAAGUCAUUUUUAGGGUUCUCUCCUUCAUACAUGGAUGCU